UCCAAUUUACUACGACCUUUUUAAACACAUUGUUAAUGAAAUAGUUGAACGUGCGAGAACUCAAUGGUUAUUGGCUAAAGUAAAGACAUAGAAAAAGGGGAAAAAGUUUACGAUCUCAGUUGUUUUAUCAAUAGUACAUGAAAGCUUGGGUAUAAAUGAAUGGACCAAGUACAUGUAUAUUUAAGGUUAAAAAACUGGAUAUUUUCCGCUCUAGUUAUUUAGAGUAUUACCGUGUUAUGUAAUUAUAACCCUGUCUUGCACGUGCAAAAUUAUUAAGGACAUUUAUAAUAUACCCUCCUUAAGUAUUAAAGCUGUAGUAACUACAGAACAUAUAAACAGAAAUAAAUAUAAUGACCAAUCAAUCGAUAUAAUAGUAAACUAUCGACUCGGCCUAUUGAGUAUGGAAUUGCAAAUAAAGUAAGGGAUUAAAAAGUGCGAGCGCUAUUGGACGUGUCUAAACUGUAACUUUGAAAGUGUGACAUACAUCUGUCGUAGUGAUCUUCGAAAUAAGAUAUAUAUAAAGGAUAUAAUUUUAAAGAAAUUGCCACAGUUACCAGAACGAUCAUCGUUUGUGCUUUAAUUUUUAAAUUCUGGAGAUUUAUUAGUUGCUGAUAAGUUUUAAAUUUUAUUUAUUUUUGUGAUAGAUAAUAUAUAGAAAAUUAUAAACGAUGAAAUUAUGGCUAGUUAUCGCGGUAGGAAUGGUCAUACACGCCAUAUUCUUUUUCUCAAUUUUUGAAAUAUACUUCGCCACACCGCUUGUGAAUGGAAUGACACCGUAUCGUUCCCCUUUGAAGCCGCCGGCGAGGAGACUGGUGUUUAUUGUUGCCGACGGAUUACGUGCUGACAAAAUUAUGGAACUAAUGCCAAACGGGAAAAGCCCAGCACCCUUCUUAAGAAAUAUCAUUCAAACGAAAGGAGGAUGGGGCGUAUCUCAUGCAGCUGUUCCCACGGCAACAAGACCCGGACACGUUGCCCUAACAGCCGGCUUCUACGAGGAUCCAACCUCUGUAGCUAAAGAUCUUCAAGGGAAGGAGGUCAUGUUUGACACAGUAUUUAAUGAGAGCCAGUAUACAUGGUCUUGGGACACGCCCAAAUUUCUGGCCAAAGUUACAGGAGGUAAUGCAAACCGCAUGUUUUCAUCAAAGUAUCCUGGCCAUAUGAAAUGGCUGGCCGGUAUAAACGCAGAGGACAUGGACUCGUGGGUAUUUAGGGAAACACAUGUAAGUUGAAAUUUGGUAUUAACAUUAGCUAG